AGAAGUGCGUGCAGCCUUCAUAUUCCAAGUCAGUCAGUGAGGAGCAGGAAGUUGCUGCAAUUCCACUCCACAUGUGACGUGACUUCAUGUCCGCGCUGCGCCAAGUCCAUCUCUCGGAGCCCCCAGCGCGCAGGAGAGCAUGAACACCAACACCACCUCCACCACCAUCACCACCACCACGCGGCUGAUCUUCCAGCCGCCGACCAUCCCGGCCGUCAUGUUCAUUUUCGGGGUGGUGGGCAACGUGACGGCCAUCGUGGUGCUGCGCAUCUCCCGCAAGGAGCAGAAGGAGACCACCUUCUACACGCUGGUGUGCGGCCUGGCCGUCACCGACCUGCUGGGCACGCUGCUGGCCAGCCCGGUCACCAUCGCCACCUACGUGCGGGGGUCGUGGCCCGCCAGCGACACGCUGCUGUGCCAGUACUCGGGCUUCAUCCUGCUCUUCUUCUUCCUGGUGCAGCUCAGCACGCUGUGCGCCAUGUCGGUGGAGCGCUACCUGGCCAUCAACCACGCCUACGUCUACAACAAGUACGUGGACCGGCGGCGGCUGCCCGCCCUCGGCCUGCUCGCCAUCUACGUCUGCGGCGCCGGGCUGUGCGCGCUGCCCGCCCUGGGCUUCGGCCGGGUGACGCUGCAGCGGCCGGGCACCUGGUGCUUCAUCGACUGGCACGACAACCGCACGUCGGCGGUCGCCUUCAACCUCAUGUACGCCGGCGUCAACUCCGCCAUCGUGCUGGCCACGCUGGCCUGCAACGUGCUGGUGUGCGGCGCCCUCAUCCUCAUGCACAGGCGCUUCGUGCGCCGCACCUCCCUGGGCAAGGACCGUCGGCGGCUCUCCCAGCUGCCGCUGUCGCGCCGCCGCAGCCUCCGACGCAUGGCCGGCGCCGAGAUCCAAAUGGUCAUCUUGCUCAUCGCCACCUCGGCAGUGGUCCUCAUCUGCUCCAUCCCCUUAGUGCUGAGGAUCUUCCAGAACCAGCUGAAAACCCAAAAGGAGGAGUCCACGGGGCUGAACAAAGACCUCCUGGCCAUCCGCAUGGCCUCCAUCAACCCCAUCCUGGACCCGUGGGUCUACAUCCUGCUCCGGAAGACCGUGGUUUCCACGCUGGUGAAGAAGAUCAAGUUCCUCUUCUGCAAAAUGGGCGGGGGCCGGCGGGGGAGCGCCAGGCAAUUUCGCUGCGACGACGGACGCUUCUCCUCCUCGUCCAUCGUGUCCCGGGACUCGCCGUCCCUGGUGUCGUGGGAGCUGCGGGGGAUGGCGUGCACCUCGCGGACCUAUCUGUGCCCGGGUGAGGAGAAGGCGGCGGCGGGUAGGACGGGUUCAUUCGGAGAAAAGGUGGACAGAGGCGCCAGGCCGCCCGCAGAGAAAACAUUCUCGAGCGCCCAGGAGGUCACUGGCACUCCUUUAGAAGACCCUAAACAACUCUGCACAUGGCGCUUGAACAGAUGAGACGGCCACCAUUCAGGACCAACUACUGAAGGAGUCAAGAACUUCGAAUCGUCCGCCGACCACAUUGACUGAAAUCACACUCAAUUUCUAAUUCCUACUUAUUACCGAUACCUAUUUUUGUUGUACCUUCAUAUCUCCCGGUAACAGUUAGAGAUGCUACCUCACUAGAAGCAUUUAAGUCCCAUCUUAGAACUCAUUUGUAUACUCUUGCCUUGAAAUAGAUCCCCCUUUUUAGACCAGUUGACAUGCCGUCUCUCUUUUCUGCUCUGCCCCGCUCUCCUGCGUGGAGUGGCAGUCAGGUGACCACGGAUCAGCUGUUCAAAUUCGGCACCCAGGGUGGACCACUCCUCUUUGCAUCAGUUGGGGAGGUCUCUGGGCCCCGAAGUGUCCACAUCCAAGAGAAUCCCCCUGCUGGACCCACUAUGGACUCUCACAUUAUUAACUAGAUCCACUAUGGACUGGACUCUCACAUUAUUAACUAGAUCCACUACGGACUGGACUCUCACAUUAUUACCUAGAUCCACUAGGGACUGGACUCUCACAUUAUUACCUAGAUCCACUAGGGACUGGACUCUCACAUUAUUAACUAUAUCCACUAUGGACUGGACUCUCACAUUAUUACCUAGAUCCACUAUGGACUGGACUCUCACAUUUUUACCUAGAUCCACUAUGGACUGGACUCUCACAUUAUUAACUAGAUCCACUAGGGACUGGACUCUCACAUUAUUACCUAGAUCCACUAGGGACUGGAUUCUCACAUUAUUACCUAGAUCCACUAGGGACUGGACUCUCACAUUAUUA